AUGACUCCUGCCCUCUCAGUUCUGCUGUACCUUGGACUGUGUCUGUGCAAGAGGACAAGGACCCAGGCAGCAGAAAGACUUCCCAAACCCUCCCUCAGGGCAAAGAAUGGCUCUUUGGUUCCCCAAGGUGAAACUGUGACCCUCAGGUGCAGGGCAUCAUGGGAGGCAGAAGAUUGGUGGCUGGAGAAAAACAGAGGAUCUGGAUGGUCACCAAUCAAAACUGUGAGAAAAGCUGGAAAUGAGGGUGAGUUUUCCCUCCCAUCCAUAACAGCAUAUGAUGCAGGGAAUUACCGAUGCCUCUACAGACAUUCAUCCUAUGGGUGGUCAGAGCUCAGUGACCCCCUCGAGCUGAUGGUGACAGGCCUCUAUGACCAGCCCUCCCUGGCAGCCCUGCCCAGCUCUGAGGUGGCCCCAGGACAGAACGUGACCCUGCAGUGUCAAUCAGAGCUAUACUACGACUGGUGUGUCCUGUACAAGGAUGGAGAAAAGAUCAGCCACAGCAGGAUGCAGAGCCAUGGAAGGGGGCAUCAGGCUGACUUCUUCUUCCCUGCUGUGAAUCUGACCCACGAUGGCACUUACCGAUGCUACAGCUUUUAUAGUUCUUCCCCCCAUCUGUGGUCCUCCCCCAGCGCCCCCCUGGUGCUCAGGGUCUCAGUGACCUUCUCUCCAAGCCCUGAAUCUGAGAACAGGCUCUCAGAUGCUGCUACCCUGGAUUACACUGUGGGCAAUCUGGUCCGCCUCAUCUUGGCUGGGCUGGUCCUCGUCCUCCUGGGGGUCCUGCUGGCUGAGCACUGGAGAAGUUCCAGGGGUCAACUUAUCCAGGGAGUCCUUAGCUGA